UAUAUAGUGCACGUUUUGAAAAACAUAUACUGUAAUUCGUAGUUUUUUAGGAAAAUUAUUCUAAAUAGUGCAAAAUGUCGACCAUUAGACACACUUCUGAGAAGGCGCUGCAAAUGCUUCGAACUCUGCCUAGAGUUUCUAUAGCAAACAUCCGCGAUAAUCCGAACUCUAAAAAACCGACAAAACGAGGCCGCGGUCAGCAUAGCGGCGACAAACACGGCGCUGGAAACAAGGGCUCUAAUCAGCGACAAAACUAUAUGCGGCUGGGAUAUGAAACUGGAAACGCUCCGUUCUAUCUUCGCUUUAAAUAUGAGCCGUAUUAUAAAGGGCACCACCUAAAGCGGGAGUAUCCACCCAUUAGUUUGUCCCUGCUGCAAAAGUUGAUCGACACUAAUCGGAUAGAUGCUAGUCAACCGAUUGAUCUGACCACGAUUUGCAAUACGGGUUUGUUUCAGAUUAAGCCGGAUCAGCUGCAUUACGGUGUCCAGCUAACCGAUGAGGGUGCCGAUGAUUUCCGGGCGAAAAUUAAUCUCGAAGUACAGCACGCUCCCGAAUUGGUGAUUGCUGCGAUAGAGAGGAACGGAGGCGUCAUUCGUACGGCCUACUACGAUCCGCAUAGUCUAUUUGCUGUGGUGAAUCCUAAAAAGUGGUUCGAAAAGGGAGUUCCAAUCCCGCGACGGAUGCUACCCCCACAGGAUGCCGUCGAGUACUAUACGGAUGCGCGCAAUCGCGGUUACUUGGCCGAUCCGGAGGAGAUUAGCAAGGAUCGGCUGGUGCUGGCGCAAAAGUAUGGCUACGAACUGCCGAGGAUUGAGGAUGAUCCCGACUAUAAGAUGCUGGUGCAGACAAAGGAUCCGAGGCAGAUAUUUUUCGGACUGAACCCAGGCUGGGUAAUUAGUCUGAAGGAUCGAGCCAUUAUCAAGGCGAAGGAAAGUCAGUAAGAAGAGUAUGGUUUUAGUGAA